GCCCGACAUCGUUUUAUUUCGUGUUCCGCCGUGGAAUCGUCGGGGCAAGUUGUAGCUGGAGUCUGUCUCUGUCAGUCGGUCGCUAGUUUCGUCCGGGUAUUGGAUCUCUGUUCCUCAAUGUAGCAAAAUGGCUGCCAAACUACAAUAAUGAGUGUAACGUUGUUAACGUUUACCAAUGUGUUAUAUUGUUUGUGUCGUUCUUCCUCACCCAUAUUUUGUGAUUAAUAUAUUACUGUGAUAAUAAGUAAUAGUGACAGUGUUUCCCGUGUCAAGACUUUAUUGCACUAUUUUAAAUAAUCAGUCAAUACUUUUCACCACGAGUAAGUCAAGGGAAUAACGUAACCGGAAAAAAAUGGCAUGUGAAUCGAGGAACUAGGUCAAUAGCCGCGGCCUAAUUAAAAUAAUCAGCAGCAGUAAUGCCAACUUAUCACAAUGCGGGUGCUAGUUACCCAAACUUAUCAGCGCUAGCUCGUCAGGGUAAAAUAGACGGGAACCAGAAUCACCAUCACCACACAAUACCCUCAAAUGUAACAGCUCAUUCGUUUUUGCAAAACGCCCUCCAAUCGAUGCAAUCGAUCCAAUCAAUUCACCACUCCAUUCCUUCGAUCCAGUCUAAUUACAGCGGCCCGAACAUGCAGCCCCAUCCAGUGUCGCCGAUAAUGACAACAACACACUCCAGUAGUAUUGUUACCACUCAAAAUGUUGUUGUGCCCUCUCCCACCCAUGUGAGUAAUCCUGUCUCACCUUCCCCGGUCAUCCUUACACCCAAUAAUCCCACCGUCAAUCCAACAUCUAAUAAUGCCUUAUCAAUCAGCACGAGACACGAAGUUAAACUUAAUGCUAUGCCAUGGUUCCAUGGAAAAAUUUCACGAGAGACCGCAGAAAGUCUAUUGCGACCCCGCGAAGAUGGUCUGUUUCUAGUCAGAGAGUCGACAAACUUCCCCGGCGACUACACACUGUGUGUAUCAUACGCGGGACGAGUCCAGCACUACCGAGUGAAAUACAAAAACAACCAGCUGACAAUUGAUGACGAAGUGUUCUUCGAAAACUUGGCUCUGCUGGUCGAGCAUUACGAGGAGGAUGCCGAUGGUCUGUGUACUCAACUGACAAAACCAUUGCCGAAGCAAGGCAAACAAGAUUUUUGUGUCGAUCCGAAGGCCUUCGUUGAGGCCGGAUGGGUCAUACAGACACACGAGCUUGAAUUACGCGAGUGCAUCGGCAAGGGGGAGUUCGGUGACGUGCUGUUGGGCGUUUAUCGCGGCGAACGCGUCGCCGUUAAAAUGCUUAAAGACAACAGCGAAGCUGCGCAAAGAUUCUUGGCCGAGGCUAGUCUUAUGACUUCACUUAUCCACGAUAAUUUGGUCAAACUUCUUGGCCUUGUGUUUAACAAUCAACAUAUGUACCUGGUUACUGAGUAUAUGAGCAAGGGAUCACUCGUCGAUUAUCUCAGGUCGAGAGGCCGGUUGCACGUUACCAAAAAAGAUCAAAUUAAUUUUGCCUAUGAUACGUGCGCUGGGAUGGCUUAUCUUGAAUCUCGACACGUCGUACAUCGUGAUUUAGCAGCAAGAAAUGUUCUUGUUGCUGAAGAUAAUUCAGCUAAAGUAUCAGACUUUGGUUUGGCACGUGACGAAAACUUUUCACUUGACGGUGGUAAAUUACCUAUCAAAUGGACUGCACCUGAGGCUCUAAAACAAAAUAAAUUCUCAAACAAAUCAGACAUGUGGAGUUUCGGAAUUUUACUCUGGGAAAUUUACUCCUUCGGAAGAGUACCAUAUCCGAGAAUACCGUUGGCGGACGUUGUAAAAUGUGUAGAAAAAGGAUAUAAAAUGGAACCACCGGAUGGAUGUCCGUCUGAAGUUUACGACAUCAUGAAACAGGCAUGGGAUUUACAACCGGAGAAGAGACCAACGUUCCACGACAUAAAGGUCAAACUCGGUUUUCUUAAGGCUGAGUACACCAAAUAUCCGAAUUAAUCAACUUAUUAAAUGCAUGUAAGAAAGUCUUUAGAUUUUUUAAUCGUUAAAAAAACUUACCUGGUCUAAAUUAUUCGUUCAAAUUUUAAAAAUAUACAAAUAAAAAUAUAUAUAUUAGUUAUAAUACUCGUUAAAUAAUACUAAUUACAGAAAAUGGGUUCAUGAUAAUUGUCUUGAUGUCUUGAUAUUUUUUUUUCUUGAGUAAACUGGAGGAUUUAAUUUUUUUACGACAGUAUACGUCACCAAUUGCUACCUAUCAAUUGUGCCUUCGUUCAAAUAGAUAUUCUUAAAAAAAAUUUUAAAAGUAUAAAAGCAAAAAAACAUAUUAAUUAAUUAAUUAAUUAAAUUCACGACCCUGAAUUCAUGCUCAUUGAAGUAGCAAUAAUCGUCUCUCUGUUUACGUCGCUAAUGACUGACUGAGUACGAAGGAUAAAUCUCACUAUCUAUAUUCCCAUUUCAACUUAAUGAUACAAAUAAUAUAUCGUCCGUUUAAUUAUCAAGGAUAAAAACAAAUUAUUUAAAAUAGAGAAAAUUUAUCAUUGAUAAAUGUAG